GCCCUGUAUUCUUUGCUCCACUGACUUUGUCCCCAGUAAAACUUUUUUAUAUACGUGGGCUUGUUUCUCACAACUGGGGGCUCGUCCGGGAGGACAGAAGCCUCGCCGCCGUGGAGCCAGAGGGCCCUGAAUGGAAGGCGCGCCCCGCUGAGUUCAGGGGUCUCUUCGGUUCCCUCCGGCGCCAUCGGAGGUCGACGGUGACGAUCCCGGCGGGGGACUUGUGGGCCAAAGAGGGGGUAGGGCUCCCUGGAGACCGCGGCAGACGUUACACCUUGUGCACAAGACCCGGGCAACGAAAAGGGGACUUCUCAGCAGGAUGAACUGAAAUUCCACAUGGGACCAGAAAAUGAAACUGCGGUUACUGAGUUCAUCCUAGAGGGUUUCUCGGGGCUUGAUCGACGACUACAGCUAUUUCUCUCUCUGGUCCUUCUGCUCAUCUACCUGACAACAGUGAUGGGGAACGCAACCAUCAUUUUCCUCGUGUGUGUGGAUCACCGCCUGCAAACCCCCAUGGACUUUUUCAUCAGCAAUCUGUCCCUCCUGGAAAUCUGGUUUACAUCCUCCACAAGCAUCAAAUUGUUUCUGAUCCUGGGUUCUGGUAGGAGAACCAUCUCUCUAAGCGGCUGCUUUGCCCAAUCCUAUUUCUAUUUUGCCCUGGGCUGUACAGAAUUUGUUCUACUUGUUGUUACGUCCUUUGACCGCUAUGUUGCUAUCUGCCAGCCUUUGCGUUAUGCUGCCAUCAUGAAGCCUCAGCCCUGCAUCCAGCUGGUUGUUGCUGCUUGGGUCAUAGGCAUCACGCUCCUGAGUUACCGUCUGGUCUUCAUCUACCAGCUGAAUUUCUGUGGCUCAAAUAAGAUCUACCAUUUUUUUUGUGACAGUUCUCCCUUAUUCAGACUGUCCUGUUCUGACACCAGCCUGCUUUGGAAAAUAGACUCUGGUUUAGUAUCAUUUGUCAUACUGACUUCCUUAUGCUUAACUCUGGCAUUUUACACAGGCAUUCUCCUCUGUAUUCUACACCUUCCAGCAACAUUGGGGAGGAAAAAAGCUUUUACUACGUGUUCUUCCCAUCUCACCUCCUUGGCUAUUGCAUAUGGGAGCAGCAUUGCUCUCUACAUGCAUCAUUCAGAAGAUGCUUCCUUGGAGACAAACAGAAUUGUAGCUUUGCUGAACACUGUCCUGUACCCAUUCUUAAACCCCUUCAUCUACAGUCUGAGAAACAAGGCUGUGAUAGCGGCCCUGAGUGAAGCCAUUGGCCGGGCAACACUGCAGAUUUUCCCCUAAUCAUGAUGCAUUUCUGGACAGCAAUUCCAAUGAUCUGCUAUCAUAUGUUAAGUAAUACCAGUGCAGAUGUAUGCCACCUCCAAAGACAGAUGCCUCAGGAGAUUUCUGUUCUUCUUGGGUUGUGUGAGGUUAAGUGAUAAGAAGCUUGUCUGCACAUACCAAGGAAACACUAACCAUGGCAGGAGGAGUAACUCAGUGAAUACCCUGCCCCAGCUGCUCUCAGGCCCAUCACAGCACAGCCAGCAGCUCAUCAGGAACCCAUCUCCACAAACCAAGAAGAGCACAGAGGCACAGUGGCAGGUGGGAAACCAACUUACAAGCUCCUGAGCAAUUAACAUCUUGUCCCAGCUCCUUACAGAGCUGCCCUGGGAGAGCCAUCAGCCUUGUUGUCCAGGUGUAAACCCAUCAAGGUGAGCCACUGAGAGCAGCUCUCUGGAUCACCAUUUGGACUAAGGGGAUUGUUUCCUAGGGGUGGGGGAUACAUUAUGGGAUGCAGGGAAAGAGCAUUUUUGGACUGCACAGGACCUAUUAUGAGCUUUUUAGUGGAGGACCCCAACCAGUGCAGUCCAUCCUAUCUUCUCAUUAAACUUAAUUUCUAACUAUUUCCUGUGUGAGGAAAUCUCUCUUCUGUGUGAAUGUGUGAACAUGGGGGUGUGAGUGCAGCAACUGGAAUAGAACCAGGGUGUCAUACAUCCCAUAUGUCAUUAGUGCCACUGACUGAGAGGCUGGAGUGAAUGAAGUUAAAUUCUAUGUGUGUGACGGGGGUGGUCUGUACCUUCAUCUGGAAAAGGGUGCUGCUUUGGGGGCUUGUAUGUCCAGAUGCCUGCUACUGGGGAGGCUGGUAUCCAGGAGCAGCUACUGAGGACACUGAGUGUCUGACCCCAGCUGCUGCAGGGAUUCACCAUCUACAGGUAUAUAUAUAAAACAGAGUCGAAUCAAAUCAAAUAGAAUAGUUCAGUUGGAAGAGACCUGAAAUGAUCAUCUAGUCCAAAUAGCUGGCCACUUCAGGUCUGACCAAAAGAUAAAUCAUGUUAUUAAGGGCAUUGUCCAAAUGCCUCUAAAACACGGAUGGUAUUGGGGUGUCGAUCACAUCUCUAGGAAGCCUGUUCCAGUGCUUGAGCACUCCUUUGGUAAAGUAGUGCUUCCUAAUGUCAAGUUGAUAGCUCCCCUGAUGCAGCUCUGAAUGAGCUUUGUUGCAGUCCUCUGGACACAUUCAAGUACCUUCACACCCUUCUUACAUUGUGGGGCCCAGACCUGCACACGGUAUUCACAGUGAGGCUGCCCCAAUGCUGAGUACAGCCGGAUAAUCACCUCUCUUCACUGGCUGGUUAUGCCAUGUUUGGAUGCAGCCCAGGAUGCGGUUUGCCAGAGCACAGUGCUGGCUCUUGUUGAGCUGCUGCCCACCAGCACCCCCACAUCCCUUUCUUCAGGGUACUCUCCAGGCACUCCUCUCUCCAGUCUAUACUUGUGUCUGGCAUUAUUUCAUCCCAAAUAUAGUGUCCAGCACUUGUUUUUGUUAAACAACCUGAAUGCUCUGGGUCAUGGAUACAGGCAUGAAACUGAACAGGGCCCAGCAGAGUUCCCUGUGCUGCCCCACAUGUGACCAACUAGGUACACUUGGUAAGUUUAUGCUGACUGCGUCUGGAUACUUUCUUCUAUUUUAGGUGCCCAGAAAAGUCACCCAAGAGGUCUCUAACUGGUGGCAUAUUUCUCACCAAAGUGAGUUUCUACAGCAUGGAGUUCCCUGGGUUGCACUUUUGACCUCUUUCAAAGAUGGGUACGACGUUGGUUUGUCCUCGCUCUGAGGAGACCUCUACCAAUCCCAUGACCUUUCAAAAAGUUGGCUGUGAAGAAAUAUUGACCUUCUGCUGUAUACUUCAUUAUAACUAUGAUGCCUGUUAUAUGGCGUAUAUAAUUUCUCAAAUCUUUCAUACAUUUUCCCCUCUCCUGAUACAAUGACCAUUUAUAAAGUCAUCUUUACAGAUACUGACUGCCUAGACAAAGGCCCUUUCCAUUAUUCUUUAGUUUUCCUCUCCCCAUUAAUCUUUGUUCAUUCAGACACCUCUCAGCUAUGCUGCUGCUUUGAGCUUCAGGGAAUAAAAGCUUGCCAGUCUUUCAGAAGUGUAAUUGUCUCUUUUAGCCAACUCUUUCAUUACGUUUAUGUCUACCUUAAUUUUACUCUAUCUGUCUGUCUAUCUAUCUAUCUAUCUAUCUAUCUAUCUAGCUAUCUAUCUAAAAUAUUUCUCUUAAGAUGAUUCCUUGUCAAAAGGCAACCUCAUUAGCGUAUCUUGUACAUUGCAUAUGGCUGGGGAUUGUGAUUUAUUGUUUAUGAAACUUAAUGAUACUUUUCUUUGAUUGCAAAGAGGAAAAUUAUAUCUGUGCCUGUGUGCAGCCAGUUGUCUAUGGAAAGCAAGUGAGAGAUGGUUCAAUGGAGCUGUAACAUUCAGCUUCCAGAGUUCAGUGCAGUCUGAUGGAAGGCAAAGUGAGACAAGUCCCACGUGGCCAAUGAUAGAAAUGGUGAGGCUGGGGAGGUGCGGAGAAAGGUUGUCCAUACAGUGUCAGAACUCAAGAGACUGUUUUUCCUACCUGUCCAGACCUCCUGCUGAGACCCGCUGGAUCAAUAUCAAUUGCAGAAUGCUUCCAUCACCUCUUUUCUAAACAGAAAAGUACAUAAAAAUAACCUUUAAAAUAAAAAAUAAUUUUAUUAAGUUCUUACUGAAAUCUUCCUCUUUAAGCGCACUAUGAAAUUAUUCCAAUUUACUGUACCAGUCUUGAAAGGUUAAAGAAAAUGAAAGGAAUAUAAAUAGCUCAUUAGGGCUUUCCGUAUUUUAAUGUGCCCCAGGGUGUACUGGGCCAUAAGUCCAUGAACCUCAGAUACUGAGAGGAGCCUGAGCAAAGUACUCAAGAAGUCAAUGUCAGAACCAAAACCCAAAGUACCUUGAAGCAUUGAUUGGCCCCACUGAGGGCCAUUAAUGACAAAGCCUCCCCAUGGCCUCCUUAGGGCGGAUAGUUGGAGGCUCUGAUUGCAGGUAGGCAAAGGCACUGUGCAGGUGGCUGUAAUGCUGAGAAAAUCCUGGAUUUGUUUCCUGAAGCAAAAAUGUCAAACCCUGAUCCCCAGGCCCGGGAAGGCAGAUCCUGACCAUCACACAUGGCUCAGAGCCCUUCCUGGGAGCAUUGGGGUGUGAGGGUGAGCAAUGUCAAGUAUAGAAAAAAUGUAUAAUAUGGGGGUCUACAGCUGGCCUGAGGACUGCGAGAUGGAGACAACUGACACUAACCUGGAUAAGACAGCCGUGUAGCCGUGAAAAAGAAGAAGAGGCUGAGACUGCAGCUUGAUAAGACAGCCGUGUACCCAUGAGAAAGAAGAAGAGGCUGGGACUGCAGAUGUAAACAACUUAACAGAACAUGAGAACAGCAGAAACCCUGCAAGAAAAACAGCGGAUGUGGCAAGAAGGAUAAGGUCAUCCAAUCAUGAACUGUUGGGCUUGGGUUGGACUAAUAAACUAAGAACACAUAUGCUUAAGAAAUAUAUAUGCAAGGCUUGUAAGACAAUAAACUUGGGCUUUUGGCUUCUGGC